UGUGUCGCUGCUUCGCUUGGUGAAAUCACCAGUGUCUACCCUACUGCCGGAGGUACUUACCGACUCUCCCUUGCCCGUCAUGCCCGCCUUGCGGCGCCCGAACCGGUCCCGAUAUAAAUCCUGGCUCGCUCCGGCGUGCCUCUGCCGGGCUCGACGCUGACUGUUGGAAACAGGUGUUUACUACCAGGCCUUCAUGCUUGCCUCCCCCCAGUACCGCCGUGUGGCCAGUUGGAUUUGCGGCUGGCUCUACGUUGUGGGGAACAUUACCAUCACUCUCGCCGUGAACUUUGGAACUGCCCUCUUCUUCGUUGCAUGCAUCAACGUUUUCGAGUCGGCGCCUGGUGUCGGCGUCCUCACCGGCGAUCCGUACCAGGUGUUCCUCAUCUUUCUGGGCCUGACUCUCCUCUGCAACGCGGUGUCCUCGCUCGGCAACAAGUGGCUUCCCCUGCUUGAUACCGCCGCCAUCUUCUGGACCUUUGCUGGUCUGUUGGCCAUUAUUAUUGCCAUCCUCGUUGUCGCCAAGAACGGCCGCCAUGACGCUGCGUACGUCUUCACGCACUUCGAAGCCAACUCGGGAUGGACCCCUGGGUGGUCUUUCAUGGUCGGUCUGCUCCACGCCGGAUACGCCACUUCGUCCACCGGCAUGGUUAUCUCCAUGUGCGAGGAAGUAAAGAAGCCCGCGACCCAGGUCCCUAAGGCGCUCGUCCUGACCGUCAUCCUCAACACUGUGGCCGGCCUGCUUUUCCUCAUCCCUAUCGUCUUCGUUCUCCCGGACAUCACCUACCUCAUCAGCUUGGCCAACGGCCAGCCGGUUCCGGCCAUCGUCAAGGACGCCAUGGGCACCUCGGGCGGCGCCUUUGGGCUUCUCCUCCCGCUCAUGGUUCUCGCCAUCCUUUGCGGCAUCGGCUGCACCACCGCUGCAUCCCGGUGCACCUGGGCCUUCGCCCGUGAUGGUGCCAUUCCCGGUUCCCGUUGGUGGAAGGAGGUCCACCCCAAGCUGGACGUGCCUCUGAACGCCAUGAUGCUCAGCAUGGCUAUCCAGAUCAUCCUCGGCCUUAUCUACUUCGGUUCCAGCGCGGCCUUCAACGCCUUUUCUGGUGUUGGCGUCAUCUCUCUCACCGCCUCGUACGCCAUGCCCAUCGCCAUCAGCCUCUUUGACGGCCGCAGCCACUUGAUUGGAAGCCCCUUCAACCUGGGCAAGUUUGGUGUCGCUGCCAACGUCAUUGCUCUCGCUUGGUCCGCCCUCGCUAUGCCUCUGUUCUGCAUGCCUGUGUUCGUUCCCGUCACCGCCGCGACGGUAAACUACGCCCCCGCCGUAUUUGUCGCCGCUUGCCUCAUCUCUGGUGGAUGGUACAUCGCCUGGGGCAAGAAGAACUACGCCGGCCCCCCUACCCAGGGGGACGCUGCAUUUUAAGCUCUCCCGCUCGCACAAAGACGCCCGAAGAAGCCUGCUACACCACAUUGCUCUCAAAGGGCUGGAAUGCCCUUGAGCUGUUCAGCUUCCCUCGGACUAGACUCAUUCGGAGUAUCAGCAAGAAUUCAACAUAGACGUAC